AUGACCGCCCUCCACCUCGUCGAGCCGUCCACCAGCAGCGACGCCCCGGACGCCCCACCCGGCGCGUCAAUCGCCGGAACUUCCGGUUCCGCCGUAGGGGCGCGCCUGCUUCGCGGCGGCUCCCUCCAUCGGCACGCCGUGACGGCGGCAGCUGUAGCAGCACAUCAGCACGCGUGCGCGGCCGCCCAGUCGGGUACCGUAUACCCAUGCCCCGUCGAACCGCUAUUCCGCGGGCUCGACACGCCGGGGCCAAGCGAUGCCGCCGCGCCACACGACAUUGACGAGCCGGGCCCCUCCAACCGCGGCAUGGACGACGAGAAUCAGAGACCGGGCCCGUCGCACGAGCACGCGGAGGUGCGCAUCUGCAUGGACAACACCGCCUCAGCCCCCGUCAGUGAGCGCACCACCGCCCACUACCCCCAUCAGCGCCUCAGCAACCGCUUGAGCUGCUCCGUUGGCGAGGUCCUCUCCGCAUCCGCCGAGGCCGAGCUGUGCGCCAUCAGCCCGUGCUCAAACCUGGCCGGCCACCACGAGUCCACGCGCUCCCUCUCCGUGCUCGACUCGGUGCACGAGAUGCAAGCGCGCCGAAUGCAGAGCCGCAGCCAGUGGUUCCUGUCGCCGACGAUGGGCCGCAACGGGGCCGCGUGGAAGCGCGAAGCCGAACGUCACGCCGCCGCCGCGCACCGCGACCCGUACCAUGGGGGCGCCACGUCGAGCCUGUCCGCCCAGACGUACGAGGAGCAGCAGGGCAGUAGCCGUGAGCCGACGCCGAUCAAGUCGCGUGACCUGUCGUGCCCGCCCACCACCAGCUCGUCGGCCCCUCCCGAAUUCACGCUCGAGGACGUCGUCAUGGAAUUCCCGGAGUCUGGCCGCCAAAUUUCCGCGCCGCUCCCCGCGACGUCAGCUGCCGCCCGUUCGACGCCACCGCCCCUGAGCGUCACCACCGUCCAGGGCCACGAGUACGAGAUGGUCAAGUGCUGCGCGGCGUCCCCGGGCUGCGUCCGCAUCAAGCACACGUCGCCGCGCCAGGAGCAGCACCGCCAGUUCCAGAACCUGCUGUCCUUCUGGAGCGAGCAGGAGCGCCACUCGGGCCACUGGCCGGCCGUCACUACGCACCCCGAGAUCGCCGAGAAGACCGACGAGAACACGGCCGCACAAGCGAUCACCCGUCGACGUUCGUGGCGCACGCACUACGUUCGCCCGCUGCGCGACAACGAUGUGGCGACUCUUGGCGGCGGCUCCCUUGAUGCUGAUGACCACCCGGCCGUGUUGGCUAAUACGCGAGGAGUCGGCCACGCCCAUUCGCUUGGAGGCGACCGCAGCCUCGCCGACGCGACCGGCAGCGGUGGCAGCAACGGCUCGGGCACGCCCAACCGGAAGCGCUCGCUGAAGAAGAAGAUGAGCACCAAGUUC